CCUCCCCGUUCUCACGCUCCAGGCAGCGGGUGACGGGCUGUGGAAAACGUUUCCUGAGAACGCUUACGGUUCGUAAAAUCGCCCAAAAAGAGGUGGCGUGGCGUAAGAUGGAAGCAAUGUCAAGUGAAGUUAGCGCAGGGACCCGGGCAUCAGUACUUUGCGUUGCCUUGACAAAAUGGGUGUUACGGAAUCUUUUUUUGCACUGAAGUUGGAGCAGAGGAAGCCUCGACAUGAAUCCCCGCUCCCCAGCUCCAAGGGCGAGAGGUGAUAGCUACCUGAGCAUAAAGGACUCUAAAUCCCUUGAUACUUACAUUCAGAACACGCUCUCUGCGUUGUACCCACCUUUUGAGGCCACAGCUGCCACUGUCCUCUGGCAGCUCUUCAACAUAGUGGAAAAGCUGUAUCAAGGAGACGGCCUCAGAUGCCUAAUUGACUUCCUUGUUCCUGCUAAGAGAACCUUACAGUGUGUUCAGCGAGAAACAUGUGCUAAAUACACUGGCCUCAUCUUCUAUCAUGAAGGCUGGCCAUUGUGCAUCCAUGAAAAAGUAGUGAUACAGUUAGCAUCGCUCCACAGAGUUCGCCUGAAACCAGGAGAUUUUUACUUACAAGUAGUACCUGCCGGGAAGCAGCUGGUAAAGCUAGUUUUAAAAUGCCUCUCCAGAUGUGGGCAAGGAAUGGAAGAAGUUGCUAUACCUGAAACGAUGUAUGGCUGCAUUUUUACAGUAGCAUUUUUGGAAAAGUUGAAUUGUGAAAGAGAGACUUUUCCCCUGAAGAGCUGCUUACUGACGACUGGCUCAGCUGUCUAUAGAACCCCAUGGAAGAACAUAAUUAAUCCCAUCUUUGUUCCCACAACCGAAACCAUCCUGUGCAAUUACUCUGGUAAUCUCUUUGAUCGGCUGAUUAGUAAUAAUACUGAUGUUAGAGCCCUGACCCAGACCAUGGAAAGCAACAGCUCGUGUGACAGUUCCACUUCCAAUGACACAGGCUCCACGGUGAUAGAAGCCACUGGGACAAAGCAUCGCAGCAGCCUCGAUAGUGCUGUGCUGAGUUCGGUUCCUACCUCGGAAAACAGCCCUGCAUUAGAGUGCUGUAAGGCUUCUGAUGAGAAAAUCGAAGAUGACUGUGUCAGUCUUGGUGUAUGCUCAGAGGCUUGGUCCAGCGCGAAAGACAGAGCUGUUGGGCCUGCAAAGGACCUUGUGUUUUUAAAAGAUGAGGCGUUAUCACCCCUUGUGGAAAAGAAGAGUCACGUGAAAAGCAUAACUUUUGAUACAGAUGUGAACAGGUCAUGUCCAACAGGGCAACAGCUCAGGGAUUCUUCAUGUUUUGAGGCAAGACGCUUAUUUAGGAAGUCGUACAUAGAAGCGCUGCAGAACCCCAUGAACGUCAGUUUUAGUUCAGAGGAGUCAUUUGCAGAAGAGGAGUCUUCAGAGCACGUGAUGGACUCGUGUGCUGUGAAUGAAGGCAAAACUCGUGAGAAACAGGCUGAAAAGGGAAACUUCCUUUCCAAUAGGCUCAUUCCAAAGGAUGAAAUGAAAGAAGACGUAAGCCUUGUUGAUUCUCCCCUGGCUUUUAAAAAACUGCUUUUACCUCCUGAAACUCUGUCAAUAGUAGACUGCAAGGCUGGGCCGAGACACUCUCGCUCUUUGGACAGGGCGCGCAAAGGUCCACAUGUUACAGAUCAGAGAACUGAUAAGUUAUUGCACGACGUGCCAGACGGAAACCCUAAGAAGUUGUUAAAUGGAUGUGUUUUAAGGCCAGGAAAAUUGGACCACAAGCACAGCAAAGGGGAAGAAGGCUUUUAUCAGCAGAGCUGA